ACCGCGAUGUCUAAUACAAACAAUAAGCAAACUCCUCAGACCGGCAAAUUGUUUCAGUUCAAGCUUGUUUUGUUAGAUUCACCGUUUGAGUUUUCGUGUGGUAGCUUCCUGAGUGAGAAUCGGCAGUCGGCAAAUCAAGGUUUGUCCAUGAGGCCUUUAUUUUUUUAUCUUUUACAUAUUACGCUCUGGACCCUCCCAAAAAAUAACGAAGCUUCAAAUGAAGAGGAUUUAGUAUUACGCUUCGUCAAGGAUCAGUUCAGUGAUUACAGAGAAAGCACCAUUGGAGCUGCAUUCCUAACGCAAACAAUUAGCUUGGAUGAUAGUACAACGGUGAAAUUUGAAAUCUGGGAUACGGCUGGUCAAGAACGUUACAAGGUAAUUGUUGCAUUCUACACGAGACAGAGUUUGGCACCGAUGUAUUAUAGAAACGCGAACUGUGCCGUAGUAGUUUAUGAUAUAACCCAAGCUUCCUCUCUGGACAAGGCUAAAUCGUGGGUGAAAGAGUUGCAGCGACAAGCAGAUCCAAAUAUUGUCAUUGCACUUGCUGGAAACAAGAGUGAUUUGAGCGCGCGCAGGGCAAUCGAUACUGAAGAAGCUAAAGCCUAUGCGGCUGAUUUGAACCUCUUGUUUUUCGAAACGUCUGCCAAAACAGCUCAUAAUGUCAACGAACUAUUUACAUCAAUAGCGAAAAAGAUGCCUCUCGAUCAAUUAGCCGCUAAUUCGCGUGCGAGAGGCGCCAAUCUGAAUAAUAGAGGUGUGGACUUGAAUCGUCCACCACCAAACACUAACAACUGUGCAUGUUAG